AUGGUGGACCAAGUCGUCUUGUCUGAUUCAAAUCGCACGCCGGUUGUCCAAAUCUUGACCUGGCUUUCACUGGUGAUCAGUGUCCUUGCGUUUCUUACACACGCCAGUAUCAAGCUGUACAUCUUUAGAAGGCUAAAGAUAGAGUCCUGGCUGGUACUAUGUUCUUUGAUUCUUUGUAUCGCACAGUCCAUUGCAGUUACGUUGCAGUGUCAGCAUGGAUUUGGAAAACCGAUGUCGACUUUGAGAAAUGAAGACGUGCAGGCAAAUCUCAAGAGCGACUACGCAGCGACAAUCCUGUUCUUCUGGUCACUUGGUUGUUCAAAACUCGCAAUCGUGUCCUUCAUUCACUAUUUGACAGUGUCGGAAACGCACAGAAAGAUCAAUUUUGGCGUUGGAGCCCUGGCGGCUACAUGGACUUUGUGCUCAUCGAUCGUAGCAGCCUGUCAAUGUCGACUACCAGAUCCGUGGAAUAGAGCCCGCGGUCAUUGUAUCGACCGUAUUUUCUGGUGGAAUGUCCUAUCGAUACUUAACAUGACAACAGACGCUGCGAUUGUGUUGCUCGAACUUGGCAUAACGGCCAAGCUCCAAACAACCCGAAGACGCAAGGCGGGAAUCAUGUCACUAUUCGCAUGUCGUUUGGUUGUCGUCGUCGCUGCGGCUAUCCAAUUGAUGAUCUUCCGCAAGGAGAGCUCGAAUGCUACUUUGAAGGACGACCUGACACUCGGGUACUGGCGGUCAACCAUCUGCAACCAAAUUGUUCAAUGCCUCGCUGUAUUGACGACGUCUCUACCAUAUACCAAAUUAUUUCUGGAAGGGUUCGACACGGGUUUCCUUGGUGUCAAUGAUUUGCGUAGGCAAGGAUUGCAUACAUCAAGGAAUAAAAGCAGAGAAUACCAUCUAAUGGAGGUCUCUCGCUCUACACCCGGACAGGCCAUCAACGCGUCGAAAAGCUGGGCUAUUGGAACCGCAUCCGCGGAAGCUCAAUCUCCCAAAGAACAUCGCAUCAGCGUGGUGGAACCACUCUAG